CUCUUCGUCUGCUUGUUUCCACCACUUCCUCCCAUUCUCUCUCUCUCUCACCGAAUUUUCAUCCUAUAACUGCCCAUUAUCUACCAAUACCGCUCCCCAUUCACCAUUACGAUCAAAGGCCUGCCAAAAGUUUCUGAAAAUGUCGUCUGCGUGCAGUUUUCUCUUCAUCCCAUCAACUGGUUACUCCUCAACUGUGCUGUCCUUUGAGCUUCUGCUGUGCUUUCUUCUCUUCAUUGCUGUGUUCGCCUUCUGGCUGAGACCAGGUGGGCUUGCAUGGGCUCUUUCCAAGGCCCAGGCUCAGGCCCGGCCCGGAGAGGCCAUUCCUGGGCCCUCGGGGCUCCCUCUUCUGGGCAUGGCUCUUUCCUUCACAAGCUCCUUGACACAUAGACUUCUCUCCAGGCUUUCUGAAAGUUUUAAAGCUGAAUCUUUAAUGGCGUUCUCAGUUGGAUUCACGCGUUUCAUCAUUUCAAGCAAUCCCGAGACUGCUAAGGAAAUUUUGAAUAGUUCUGCUUUUGCUGACAGGCCCGUCAAAGAAUCUGCAUACGGGCUUCUGUUUCAUAGAGCUAUGGGUUUUGCGCCGUAUGGAGAGUACUGGAGGAAUUUGAGAAGGAUUUCCGCCACCCAUUUGUUCAGUCCCAAGAGAAUAGCCAGUUUCGGGGAUUUCAGGAGGGAGAUAGGGGUGAAAAUGGUGGAGGAGAUCAUGCUGAAAAUGGAGAAAAACUGUGAAGUUGAGGUGAAAAAUGUGUUCCAUUAUGGGUCGCUGAACAAUGUGAUGAUGAGUGUGUUCGGUAAAUGCUAUGAUUUUAAUGGUGGAAAUGGAGAUGAUGGGUUGGAGCUGGAGGGGUUGGUGAAAGAAGGGUAUGAAUUGCUGGGGAUAUUCAACUGGAGCGAUCACUUUCCAUUGCUGGGGUGGCUGGAUUUGCAGGGAGUGAGGAGGAGGAGCAAGAAAUUGGUAGCAAAAGUUAAUGCUUUUGUUGGAACAAUCAUAGAGGAAAAAAGGCUGAAAAGGGCUGAAAAUGGACACCUGGAAGUUGCUGGUGAUCAACAUUCCCAUGAUUUUGUUGAUGUCUUGCUUGAUUUGGAGAAUGAGAACAGGCUCUCUGAUUCUGACAUGAUUGCUGUUCUUUGGGAAAUGAUCUUUAGAGGGACUGAUACUGUAGCCAUUCUUUUAGAAUGGAUUCUUGCAAGAAUGAUUCUUCACCCUGAAAUUCAAGCCAAGGCUCAAGAUGAAAUUGAUAGUGUGAUUGGAACUAAUAAUAGGCCAGUGUCUGAUUCUGACCUCCCAAACCUCCCUUACCUCCAAGCCAUUGUGAAGGAGAGUCUUAGGAUGCACCCUCCCGGCCCGCUCCUCUCGUGGGCCCGACUAGCUAUCCACGACACUUGUGUGGGCCCGUACUUUGUUCCUGCUGGCACGACCGCGAUGGUGAACAUGUGGGCCAUAACGCAUGAUGGCAAGGUAUGGCCUGAGCCCGGGAAAUUCCGGCCGGAGAGGUUUCUUGAGGAUGAUGUUGCCAUCAUGGGGUCUGAUCUCAGGUUGGCCCCUUUUGGUUCAGGGAGAAGAGUGUGCCCUGGUAAGGCAAUGGGCCUUGCCACCGUGCAGCUAUGGUUAGCUCAGUUGCUUCACAACUUCAAAUGGACUGCUUCCCAUAAUAAUCAUGCAGUGGACUUAUCAGAAUGCUUGAAAUUGUCAAUGGAGAUGAAACAGCCAUUGGUUUGCAAAGCUUUUCCCAGGAUUUCUUCAACAAAUCAAGAAAGGGUUUCUGAUUUUGGUGGAUUUGGGUGCUGAUUUGAUGUCAUGCCAUGUUUCCCACUUGGGAUCAGUCAAUCUUGUUCAUAAUUCUCAAGUACUGAUUGCUGGGGUGAUAUUUGUUAGGUAAUUAAAGAAUGAUGAAUAGAGUGUCACUAGUGGUUGUUGACAAGAACACACAGGCUUAAUUUAAUUAGUGGUUUCUUUUCUUGUGUUAUUAGGAACUUGUUUGGCUGUUUAGGAAGAUAUAUAACAGCUUGUGUGUUUAUAGCUUUUAUCAUAGUUAUUACACUGCAAGUGCUGUGUGUCCUUUUUGAGGUUGAAGUGGAAUAUUUGCUAUAUAUAUAUAUAUAUAUAGAUGGAGGGGCUCACUCUUUCUCACU